AAUCAGCACGAGGAGGGGGCGGAGCUCAGAGAGUCGCUCGGCGCCGACUCACACGCUCCGCGGAUCCGCUUCGCGGCAUUCGGUCCUCAGACGCCGGAGAGUUCGCAGCUAUGGCAGACUCCGCGGUGAGCACUGCGAUGGCCGAGGAGGAGACCAAACCCGACUGGAAGACCCUGCAGAUCUUGCGAGACAUGGCUAAUCGCCUGCGCAUCCAUUCUAUCAGGGCUACCUGCGCUUCGAGCUCCGGCCAUCCCACGUCCUCCAGUAGUGCUGCUGAGGUCAUGGCCGUGCUGUUCUUUCACAUCAUGAGGUAUAAACAGGAGGACCCGGAGAACCCAGAUAAUGACCGUUUCAUCCUCUCAAAGAGGCUGUCAUUUGUUGAUGUGGCAACCGGAUGGCUUGGGCAAGGACUGGGGGCUGCUUGUGGGAUGGCAUAUACUGGCAAGUACUUUGACAAAGCCAGCUACCGGGUGUUCUGCCUCUUGGGAGAUGGUGAGUCCUCAGAAGGCUCCGUCUGGGAAGCAUUGGCUUUUGCUUCCCACUACAAUCUGGAUAACCUUGUGGCCAUCUUCGACGUGAACCGCCUGGGCCACAGUGGUGCCUUGCCCGUUGAGCACUGCGUGGAUGUCUAUCAGAAGCGCUGCGAAGCCUUUGGGUGGAAUACUUACGUGGUGGACGGACGCGAUGUGGAGGUACUGUGCCAGGUGUUCUUGCAGGCAAGUCAAGUAAAGAACAAGCCCACUGCUGUAGUUGCCAAAACCUUCAAGGGCCGGGGCACUCCAAGUAUUGAAGAUGCAGAAAAUUGGCAUGGAAAGCCAAUGCCAAAAGAGCGAGCUGAUGCAAUUAUCAAACUAAUUGAGAGCCAGAUACAGACCAACGAGAAUCUUGACCCAAAACCCCCUAUUGAAGACUCCCCUCAAAUCAACAUCCUAGAUAUAGAAAUGAUCUCUCUACCUGCUUACACAGUUGAUGAGAAGGUAGCUACUCGGAAAGCAUGUGGUUUGGCGCUGGCUAAACUGGGCCACGCAAAUGAUAGAGUCAUUGUGCUGGAUGGUGACACCAAGAGCGCCACCUUCGCAGACAUAUUCAAGAAGGAGCACCCUGAGCGCUUCAUUGAAUGUUUUAUUGCUGAGCAAAACAUGGUGAGCGUGGCACUGGGAUGUGCCACCCGUGGUCGGACUGUUGCUUUUGUCAGCACCUUCGCUGCCUUUUUGACCCGAGCAUUUGAUCAAAUCCGGAUGGGAGCCAUUUCUCAAACCAACAUCAACCUUGUUGGGUCCCACUGUGGAAUAUCUGUUGGUGAAGAUGGUGCCUCCCAGAUGGCCCUGGAGGAUCUGGCCAUGUUCCGAGCUGUUCCCAACUGCACUAUUUUCUAUCCAAGUGAUGCCAUCUCAACAGAACAUGCUGUUUUCCUGGCAGCCAAUAGCACGGGGAUGUGCUAUAUUCGGACCAGCCGACCAGAAACUGCAGUUAUUUACACCCAACAAGAAAGCUUUGAGAUCGGACGGGCCAAGGUCGUCCGCCACAGUGUCAAUGACAAAGUCACGGUUAUUGGAGCUGGAGUGACACUGCAUGAAGCCUUAGCAGCUGCCGAAGAUCUUUCCAAGCAAGAUAUUUCCAUCCGUGUCAUUGACCUUUUUACCAUUAAACCGCUGGAUACUGUCACCAUCAUGUCCAGUGCAAAAGCCACAGGUGGCCGUAUUAUCACAGUGGAGGAUCACUACCCAGAAGGUGGCAUCGGGGAGGCCGUCGCUGCAGCUGUCUCUAUGGAGCCUGACAUCUUGGUCCAUCAGCUGGCAGUGGCAGGAAUCCCUCGGAGUGGGAAGCCCAGUGAGCUGCUAGAUAUGUUCGGAAUCAGUGCAAAACACAUCAUAGUGGCUGUGAAAUGUAUGUUGAUGAACUAAAAUAGCUGUUAACUUCUGACAUACUACCGUUUAAAUCUAUACUGUUGUGCUUUGUUUUUAUAAGCAAAGCAAGUUAACUACCUUAGGCUAUAACUACAUAUGCAAGUGUAACACUGAUCUUUUAGUCAUUAUAUAGUGUGUUAUAAGGUUAAAAAUAACAGAGGAGCUGACAAAACAACCACCUAAUAUGAAGUUUUCUGAGAGGACGACAUGUAACUGAAUUGGGCAUCAGCUAGUGUAAAUUUCCCAAAUGUGUGUAGAAGUGAAGAAAGGCAAAUUGAACCGUGCACUGCAUUCCCUCAGGCUUGGGACACUGUAGCACCCUGCCACACCCCGCUGUCCGAGUUCGAGAGUUUGUGCGCUGCCAUCCUACCUGCAGCUUCCCGGGUCCAGUGUGACUGUAGUUGCCCUGCAGUGUCCUCCCGGUGCUUCAUUUCAUCUCCCCUCCACGGCCCGGCGCAGAGGCCGCAGAGCAGUGGCAAAAGCUCUUAGGAUGUCCUGUGCUGCUUGCAGAGGGGACCCAACCAGUUCUAGUCCCCACACUGCACUCCCUUGCACUCCCUUGUGAGGUCUCAGAAAUGUCUCAUUUGUCCAGUGCCCAGACCAAAUCUGAUAGCUCGAUUGCAUUCCUCUACUAAUACGUGUUACUGUUAAUACUAGUUACUGUUAAUAAAGCAUUUUAAAAAGCA